AUGUUUUUAGAGUAUAUUGAUGGAACGCAGAGCCGUGAUAAGAUUGAAAGGGCUGGCGAGCACUAUACCAAGGACAACGAUGCCUUCCAAAAUCCCAAGCUUCGAUACAGGAUGAUACCUUGGCAGCUUUUUACGCCCAUGGUAGAGGCUCCAGAGGAGAAUGAGGAGAAUGAGGAGGAUGAGGAGGAGGCUGAAGAGGUUGAAGAGGUUGAAGAGGUUGAAGAGGCUGAAGAGGCUGAAGGUAAGACAGCUCGAGUGCCUCAUCCUUCCAUCGCUGACGAAGACGUAGCAGAGUCCAGUGAAGAGGGAAACGACGAGGUCGAGACCACAAAGGUAUGCGUCCGUCGGCAUGGCACAAAAUCAUACUACCUCAUCAUCAAGGACGGCAAGCUCUUUCUCGUCCCCUUCGACCACGCGCCAGACUGGGAUCGCAUGCUGAGAGAGAAGCCAAAGGUCUCCGGUAAGCUGCUCAGGUUCAGCAACCAAUGUAAGUCGUACCAGAUCCCGUGUCUUCAAACGUCGCUAAAAGUUUCCAAAGCCAGCGUUGAGGUCUCCCAGUUUCCCAAGGGCUACGCCAUCCACAUGGUCAACUGUGGUCUCAAAUCCAAGAAGAAGAAGGCGAAUACUGCAGUCGGAGACCCAAAACGAGAGGCGGUGGAUGACAAUACUUUCUACCUCCUGCACCCAGCGACGAACACUCUUACCCACCGCGAUUACAAAAUGUUCACGAACAGGCAGGGUAACACGGUCGUAGAGGGGAAGAACUACCCACAGUGGCACGCUGGCAUUGCCCAGCAUAAUGCGAAUGUGUUGGAGAAGUUCCUCGAUGAGUUGAAGGCCCUGGUGACGAACGCUGCCGGCUCAUGGACCGACAACAGGCAUUGGUCGCGACAUCGUAGGCAUUGA